AAAGCCACGAGAUCUGAGGCCUAUGCUGAGGAAAAAGCCACAAGAUCCGAGGCCUACCCUGAGGAGAAAGCCACAGGAUCCCAGGCCUAUGCUGAGGAGAAAGCCAUCAAAUCUGAGGGCUAUGACGUGAAUGAAGCCAUAGAAUCUGAGGCCUACACUGAGAAUGAAGCCAUAGGAUCUGAGGCCUACACUGAGAAAGCCAAAGGAUCCAGUGCCUAUGGCUCAGAUGAAGCCAUGAGAUCCGAGGCCUACACUGAAGAAAAAGCCACAAAAUCUGAGACCUAUGGUGAUGAAAAAGCCAUACAGUCCGAGGCCUAUGCUGUGAAUGAAGCCAUAGAAUCCGAGGCCUAUGGUGCAAAUGAAGCCAUAGAAUCCGAGGCCUUUGCUGAGGAAAAAGCCAUAGGAUCUGAGGCCUACACUGAGGAGAAAGCCAUAGGCCCCGCAGCCUACACCGUGUCUGAAGCCACAGGCCCCGCAGCCUUUGACACCUCUGAAGCCACAGGCCCGGCAGCCCCGUCUGCAGCCCCAGGCCCCGCGGCCUUUGAAACCUCUGAAGUGUGCCCCGCGGCCUACACCAGCCUUGAAGCCACAGCCCCCACGGCCUCCGCCCCUUCUGAAGCCACAGCCCCCGCGGCCUAUGCCCCGUCUGCAGCCCCGGGCCCUGUGGCCUACGGUGGCUUUGAGUCCGCCAUGGCAGGCCGGGCGCAGCGCGUGUUCGUGGUGGCGCCGCGGGCGCCAGCAGCCACGGCUCUGACGCUGCCUGAGGGCGCCGCGCUGCGGCUGGGCUGCCGAGCGGAGGCGGAGCCGGCGGCGCGCGUGGGCUGGCUGCUGCCGGGCAGGCGCUGGGCCUGGGCGGGGACGGAGCUGGGGACGGACGGCGUCGGGGUCGGGGCAGACGGGACGCUGACGCUGCCCACGCUGGGCCCAAGGCACGCCGGGCGCUAUGUGUGA